GCGGAGGCGGAGGCGGGGCGGCGAGUGGCGGGGAAUGACCUUGGGCGCGCCGCGCCACGGCUCGGCGCUUUGACUCGGCUCCGCGCAGUAUCUCCUGGCAGCGCAGGCGGACCGGUCAUCAGUUCUUAGUCCUCAGCACCCGCACCCGUUAGCCCUCACCAUGUUCUCUGGAGGCGGUCUCGGUGGAGCCCUGAAGGGUCUGGGCUCGAAGGCGGAGCAGCUGCUGGAGAAGAAGAAGACGGACGUGGAGCAGCUGGCGGAGCAGAAGAAGCAGGCGGCGAGCUCGCUGCUGGAGGAGCAGGCCAAGAAGACGGGCGACCUGCUGUGGCAGACCAAGAGCGACGUGGAGAAGGCAGCGCUCGACACCGCCACCGACUCCAAGAAGGCCGCCAUCGACGCCUUCGACGCCGAAGUGGGCAAGGCCGAGCAAGCGGUGGACGGUGCCAUCAACCAGGCGUCGGUGGCUGUGGACCAGAAGAUGAAGGAGGCGGACCAGUUCAUCGACCAGAAGAGGGAUCAAGUGCACACUGCGGUGAAGACGGCGUCAGACAAGGCGCACGAGACGACCGACUCCGCCUCCGGCUCCCUCCUGGGCAAAGCCAAAGGCAUCCUGCCUUUUUCAAUCAUUUCUCUGGACAAUUAUAUCAAUGGAAAGUCUAAAUGGCUGGGCACGUGAUGCAGGCUGUCACGGCCUCUGCCUGUCCGCCCGCCCACUCGCCUGCCUGCGCUGCGCGCUCUCUCUCGCAUUGUUUCCGAACUAACACGCCAUGUUCUCGUGGCGAAGGUGCGUCAUCACUGCUACAUUGCGUGAAAACCUGCUCCAAUUUCUCUGGUUGCUAAUAAGAUGAGACAUUCUACCCUCUCUGUGUUCGCACUCGUGCUCUGCACUGACCCCAGUGCGUAAAGCAGUGUUCAUUUGUUUCAACUGACACAAGAACCGAUGUAAAAUGUUUCUAAAAAUGGAAUUGUGUCAGUAACAUUAACUCGGUCUUAAAUGUAUUUUUCGCGUGAGGCAGGGGCAAUAUGUCGGUACUGUCACUCAUCUGCGUAUCUGUCUCUGUCGAUUUUGUUUUCUCCUUCAUGAGAACAUUUUUUUCUGGCUAAAUGUUUACGGCAUUCUUUGGAAUUUCAAAAUGAGAAGUAAUUACAGUAUUUUGAGUUAUUUAUUUAUAAACAAAGAGCUAAACAAACAAAUUACAUUGGAGUGGUAAGAAAUGGAAUUGAAAAAUAUUGCCCGAGGAGCAGGUAUUCAUAUUACCCUUUACCUUUAAAGUAUAACAUAUUACCUAAUAUGACAAUGUAAUAGAAGCAUUGGCGACACCUUCGCCUCCUGCAUCAGCAUCGUGUUCACUAGCCAGCUUUGAAACAAGUUCUGUCUACACAUGUACGUUUAAGUUUUGUAAAUUAGUAGAAUGUUAGUUCGUAUUUUUCAUAGUGGCAGAACUCAGAGGGGUUGGAAAAUGUGUUAUUUAAAAUGUGCCUAAGAUUCUCAAGAGGAAAGGUUUUCUGUUAGAAUAAUUUAGUGCACUCAUGUAUCCAAUGUGUGUGCACAGUGCUCAGUGAAUUAUUUGAGAAAUAUGAAGCAUUUAUUGCAGCUGAGAAAAUGGUACUCAGUAUAUUUUGCCUUGCCUGUUGUUGCAAACAUAUUUGCCUAAUUUCAUAAUCCUAAAUUAAAUAUUUUUAUGUGAGUCUUGAAAAGCAUUUAAACGAAAAAGUAUAUUAUAUUUUCGCUAGCCUUACAGUGUAAAGAAAUUAGCUACAGUAUUGAUUUAAUAAACUGCAGGCAGUGUUAGCAGAUUUGGAUGUUAAAAUUUUAAAUGUCAUUAUGUAAGUCAAUAAAUGUGAAAAUUAAGAAAAUGAUUUCAAGAGUUUUCAUUUAUUUUUAUACCUUCUAAACUGGUUGUGCAUUUUAUGUAAAUCUGCUUUAUUUGUUUAGCUAAUUCAUUUUUUCUUUCAUUGAGCCAGAUUACUCAUUCAUCCAUACAUGCAUACAUGCAUACAUGCAUACAUGCAUACAUGCAUACAUGCAUACAUGCAUAUAUACAUCUUUUUAUCCAUCCAUUCA